UUGGCCGCCUCCUGGGCUGGAGCUCUACCCGCCCGGAAGACUCCCCUAGACCCCACCUCACUCUGCUUCCGGCUAGCUUUAGUUCCGGUUCCUGUCCGACUCGAGUCUUUGCAGAGGGUCACAUUGAGCUGCAAGGUGCAUCGGGGGUGCCUUUAGGAUUCAGCACCAUGGCGGAAGAGAUGAAGUCCAAACUCAAGAACUACAAGACUGCCCCUUUUGACAGCCGCUUUCCCAACCAGAACCAGACCAGGAACUGCUGGCAGAACUACCUGGACACCGCAAGGGGGAGCCAUGGCUCCAACAGCAGAGGCAAUAAACCGCCUAGCUUUGGGGAUGAGAAAUUCCGGCGACGGUGUUGGGCGGCCCCACCAUUUUCGCCUGCAGAGCCAGUCGUGCGCCGCGAGGGGGCGGCAUCGGAGAGACCGCCGCGUCUCCGGAGCAGGCCUCGGGGCGCGGCCGCCCGCAGUACCAGCCCCAGGGGACAAGCGCUGGCUGCGUCCCCAUCCUCCCCGGAAGCGGUCUCAUGAUACCCAUUUCGCAGA